AAACUUAGUUUACAUGCACCACGUCCACACACUGACCUCGAGCGAAGCGGGAGAGGGAAUUUGUCGUGACAGGAAUACACACGCAAAGUUUGCUGUGAAUCCUGCUUUACUUAAAGGGAAGAAGAGCGCGUGCCAUCAUCUCACAACCCCGUUUUCUUCUUUUCAAAGGUGUAUACCUCCCACCCCGCCCCACCACGGCCCUCACCUGUGUGUUGCGGUGCUUCCCAUGUGAGCCGACCUGGGCCGGCAGCCCCUUCUUGCACCGCCCACCGACCCGGCCCAUGGUCACCAUGACGCGCUCCAAAACCUUCCAGGCGUACCUGCCCAGCUGCCACCGCACCUACAGCUGCAUCCACUGCAGAGCGCACCUCGCCAACCAUGACGAGCUCAUCUCCAAGUCCUUUCAAGGAAGUCAGGGCAGAGCUUAUCUGUUCAACUCUGUGGUGAACGUGGGAUGUGGCCCUGCAGAGGAGAGGGUUCUGCUCACGGGGCUUCAUGCAGUGGCAGACAUCUACUGCGAAAACUGCAAAACCACACUGGGGUGGAAAUAUGAACAUGCCUUUGAGAGCAGUCAGAAGUACAAAGAGGGCAAGUUCAUUAUCGAGCUCGCCCACAUGAUCAAGGACAACGGCUGGGACUGAGCGAGCGUCCUGGAGAGAGCAAGCGGAUGAAGGGUGGAUGGUGAAUGUGUGGGUGGAUGACUGACUUUGGUUUGCCAUUACCCUCUUAAACCCUCUUCUACCCUCCAUCUCCUGCUGACACACACGCCCCAAGCUGGACCGAAAUCAGGAGAGCGGGCCGCCCCGGGGGGCUUUGUGUGUCUGGAGGAGAGAGCGCGCAUGUGUGUGUGUCCGCCCUGGCACAUGGGAGCACACUGAGAUACAUGAAUGCAUACACAAGGUGUACAGACAUAUGUGUGUAAAAACAACAGCAUACCGCAUCUCACGCUCAUCUCAGCCCGACUGUUUAUGCUACAAGCGGCUCUAUUCAUACACGUAUAUGACAUAAGGCAGGGCUCGGAGGGCACGUUGUGCUUGGCAGGAUCAGGGUCACGAGUUCGCCGAGCUGAUGGGGCUUUCUCCACUUGGUGUCAGUGAGAAAACUACCAGGCUGACCUAUCCGAAUUCAGCUGAGGUUAGCGUCAUCUGUGCCAGCGAGGAGACUUGGCAUUGAGAGAUCUCUGAAUGGAGCUCUGACGGACCAACACAGAGGGCUUAAAGGAGUAGUUCACCCAAAAAUGAGAAUACAUUAAGAGAACUAUUCCUUUAAACCAUCUAAAGGUGCGGUCACAUUUACUGUUGCUCGGCGAAAUUUUGCAGACAAAAUCCAGUCAUUUCAAUCCAUAUCUUUGGGUUUCACGUGAGGACGAAAAAGUUCCCUUGUGUUCAAGUUGGUCAUGCGAAUUCACUGCGCUGACCAACAGAAAACUGCUUGGUUUGAAAUUGACUUUGAUCUGUUUCAUACAUCGCUAUGCUGUUGGUAAAAGACAAUGGUCUCUUUUUGACUGCGAAAUUUUGCUGAAAUAUCACUAAUGUGACCGCAUCUUAAAGGGACAGUUCACCCAGAAAUGAAUAUUCUGUCGUCAUUUACUCACCCUCAUAUGGAAGCUUGUUUCCGCUACUGAAUUUCAAAAAAGAAAAAAAGAUAAUUGCGACUUUUUAUCUCACAAUUUUGACUUUUUUCUCACAAUUGCGAGUAUACAUCUUGCAAUUCUGACUUCUUUUCUCACAACUGUGAGAUAUAAACUCAUAAUUGUUAGAAAUGAAGUCAGAACUGCGAAAUAUAAACUCGCAAUUCUUUUUUUUAUUAAGAUUUUUAUUGACGGAAGAACAGAGUGACGUAUUACAUACAAAAAGUAUUAACAAUGCUCAAUGAUUUCCAACUCGCAAUUCUGCCUUUUUUUCUCGCAAUUGCAAGUUUAUAUCUCGCAAUUCUGACUUCUUUUCUCAGAAUUGUGAGAUAUAAAGUCUAAUUGCGAGUUGCGAGUUUAUAUCUCACAAUUCGGACUUUAUAACUUAUAAUAAAAUUCUGAUUUUAUAACUCAAAAUUGCAUGUUAUAGUCAGAAUUGUGAGAUUUAAACUCAAAAUUCUGAGAAAAAAAGUCAGAAUUGCGAGUUUAUAUCUCACAAUUCUGACUUUAUAACACACAAUUGCAACUUUAUAUCACACAAUUCUGACUUUAUAACUCGCAAUUGCGAGUUUAUAAGCUUCCAUACCCGCAAGUUGUUCCAAACCUGUAUAAAUUUCUUUGUUCUGCUGAACACAAAGGAAGAUAUUUUGAAAAAUGUUUGUAUCCAGACAGUUGUGUGGCACCAUUGACUUCCAAAUUUAAACAGGUUUGGAACAACUUGAGGGUGAGUAAAUGAUGACAGAAUUUUCAUUUUUGGGUAAACUAUCCCUUUAAGAAGGGUAAAUUGAACUUUACAGACAUGCUUUUCGCAUAAAAUGACCAUCUGACUGAUUUUAGAUGAAACGUGCACAUAAUUACGUGAAUGUAAACCUUUGUGUAAAGCAGUUCACAAGGUGUUUUAUCCGGACAUCUUUGUGUCUGUGUUUCAUGUUCCAACAGUUUGUGCUGGUCCCAGUUUCACGCUGUUAAUAUGUACUGACUGUUCUUGCGUGUUAAUGGACUCUUUAGGGAAUAAGGACAUAAGAUGAGACCGUACACUGCCUAUCCAUUGGGUUAUCUAAAUUAAAAAUACUAUUAAUCAUAGCUCCUUUGUGCCCAAGACAACUAAAUGACACUUCACUGUCUCCAAAAAUCACCAAAGACCCAACUGUAAAUGAGUUGACCUAACAAAAAACGCUUUUUUGCUUGGGUGCAGAGAAUGGUAGCAUGUCGGGUUGUGUAUAGUGGAAAAACAAGCUUCUCGACGCAUUUAAUUGACACAAAAUUUUAAUUGACACGUGGUAAUGUGCAUAAAUGUAUUUAUUCACCAUAACUGAUUUUCAUCUGUGUCAGGGACUAAGUUGUUGCAUUUGUUAUCGCUUUAUGUCUGGACACCAAAAUUUACUACUUUUGUAUUCCAGGAAGAAGUUUCAACUGUUGUGUAUUUUAUAAAUGGAUGAUGAGAGGAUUAUGAUAUUAUUGGGACUCCCAUCAACAUUGAUAUAAAAUGUCAAUAAAACUGAAAUAUUGAUUGA